AUGUACUGCAGGGAGCAAAACCGGAUAUGUGGAAAUCACUGCGUGGUUGAUGAUUCUGUUGUUGAUGAUUUUGUCGUUUCCAUCGUCGACGUUCCCGUCGUCGACGUUCCCGUCGUCGAUGUUGCCGUCGUCGAUGUUGCCGUCGUCGAUGUCGCCGUCGUCGAUGUUCCCGUCGUCGAUGUUCCCGUCGUCGACGUUCCCGUCGUCGAUGUUCCCGUCGUCGACGUUUCCGUCGUCGAUGUUCCCGUCGUCGACGUUUCCGUCGUCGAUGUUCCCGUUGUCGAUGUUCCCGUGGUCGACGUUCCCGUCGUCGAUGUCACCGUCGUCGAUGUUCCCAUUGUCGAUGUUCCCGUCGUCGAUGUUCCCGUCGUCGAUGUUCCCGUCGUCGAUGUUCCCGUCGUCGAUGUGCCCGUCGUCGAUGUGCCCGUCGUCGAUGUGCCCGUCGUCGAUGUUCCCGUCGUCGAUGUUCCCAUCGUCGAUGUUCCCGUCGUCGAUGUUCCCGUCGUCGAUGUACCCGUCGUCGAUGUACCCGUCGUCGAUGUUACCGUCGUCGAUGUUCCCGUCGUCGAUGUUCCUGUGGUCGACGUUUCCGUCGUUGAUGUUCCUGUAGUCGAUGUUUCCGUCGUCAAUGUUUCAUUUUUCCCCUUCAACCAGAUUUCUGUCGUCGAUGUUCUUUUCGUCGAUGUUCCCAUCGUCAACGUUUCCGUCGUCGACGUUCCCAUCGUCGAUGUCCCUGUCGUCGACGAUCCCAUCGUAGAUGAUUCUGCAGCUAAUGAGCGAAUGUCUAGUUUAUCUAUCAUGUUUUCGUCUGUUAUUAGGGCUUCCGUUGUCAUUAGAUCACCUUGA